CGCCGGUGCCGGUGCCGGGCAUGGCCCAGCUCGGCGCCAUCGCCGCGCUCGCCCUCGGGGUCGCGGCCGCCGCGCUGCUCUCGGCCGUGCACAAGAUCGACGAGGGGCACAUCGGCGUCUACUACCGCGGCGGCGCGUUGCUGACCUCCACCAGCGGGCCCGGCUUCCACCUGAUGCUGCCCUUCAUCACGUCCUACAAGUCAGUGCAGACCACGCUGCAGACGGACGAGGUGAAAAAUGUCCCGUGUGGCACCAGCGGGGGAGUGAUGAUUUAUUUCGACAGGAUCGAGGUGGUGAAUUUCCUCAUCCAGAGCGCGGUGUACGACAUUGUCAAGAACUACACGGCCGACUACGACAAGGCUCUCAUCUUCAACAAGAUCCACCACGAGCUGAACCAGUUCUGCAGUGUCCACACGCUGCAGGAGGUGUACAUCGAGCUGUUUGAUCAGAUUGAUGAAAACCUAAAACUGGCCUUGCAGCAAGACCUAACCACGAUGGCCCCUGGAUUAAUUAUACAGGCAGUUCGAGUUACAAAGCCAAACAUCCCUGAAACGAUCCGGAGGAAUUACGAGCUCAUGGAGAGCGAGAAGACAAAGCUGCUGAUCGCGGCGCAGAAGCAGAAGGUGGUGGAGAAGGAGGCAGAGACAGAGAGGAAGAAAGCCCUAAUCGAGGCAGAAAAGAUUGCACAAGUUGCUGAAAUAACUUACGGACAGAAAGUGAUGGAAAAGGAAACGGAGAAGCGAAUUUCGGAGAUUGAAGAUGCUGCCUUUCUUGCCCGGGAGAAGGCGAGGGCUGACGCUGAGUGCUACACCGCUAUGAAAGUGGCCGAGGCCAACAAGCUCAAGUUGACUCCCGAGUACUUGCAGCUGAUGAAGUACAAGGCGAUCGCAGCCAACAGCAAGAUCUAUUUUGGCAAAGAUAUCCCCAAUAUGUUCAUGGACUCUGCAGGGAGCCAGACCAAAUCUGCAGAGGGACUGGCAGAAGGAAUCCAAGAGGAGGAUGGGGCAGGAACCAGCGAGGACACAAAACUGCUUCAUGGUGUCAACUGAGAAGAAAGAUUUCUAUCCGUUUUAUAUCAAAAAAAAAAAACCAUGAACUGGGAAGCUCCUUUUUGUUUUGCCCCUUUCCCGUGCUGAAAGAGAUGAAUCAGACUUAAUCCUUUCAAUCUUUUGUAUGACAAUUAGACACAAGGACUUUGGUAAUUAUGGGGUGGGUUUUUUGGUAACUUCUAAGCAGCCAGCUCCAGGUGUGUCCUGUAGCUGCACCUCCCCUGCUCUUUGUCCCACACAGACCCAAGAGUCUGGAGAGGCUGCCUGGGCAGUCAGCUGGAUGGGAACUUAAUUUGAAGUGGUUCGUAGCAGUGGGAGGUAAAGAAAUGCUGAGGGUUUGGAGGGAGGGGAAUCGCUGCUACAGCUUGUUUUGUUUUGUUUUGUUUUUUUUCUCAUUGGAAAUUCCAAGUACUCUGUUUCAACCCCCUUUCCCAACAAGGUGCUAGAUUCUGUACACUACACGUGGCUGCUCGAGGCCUGGGCAGUGGCAGGUUCUGCUGAGCCCACAUGCACCAUGAGGGACACGAGCUCAGCUGGAAUCCUGCAGGUUUUUAAGAGGGGGGAUCGAAGCCUUAGAUGAGAUGUCACGCAGGCAGUGACCCCAAGUCCUCGUUUUCUGCAUCCCAACACUGCUUUGUUUUCCAUUUGUCUUGGUUUUUUUGUAGCAGUUGGGCUGCUGGGUGAGGGUGUGGGCACAAGGGCAACGUCCUGGAGGGGAGAGGGGAGAGCUCGACGUGCUUUUCAGUGAAACCAGGCUGCAGGCCUGGAAAUUGUCGCAGUCAUAGCCAGAAAAACUAGGGAGGAAGGAAUCUUUGUCUCAGGGACCCUGACUUUGCAAAAAGCCUUGCUGGGGAGGAGCUGCUGGAGUGACCAGAGGGUCAUUAACAGCUCAUUAUCUGCUCUGCAAGAGCGACUGGAUCUCUGUGUUUAUGGAGUCUGACUGGAACAAGGGCAUUCAGGCGAGCUGAGAUGAGCAGAACUGAGCUCCUGUGGGUCGGAAUAGACCUUGUGGAAGGAAGAUUUCAUAGUAGCUGAGGGCACAAACCAUCAUCCUGAAAGGUCCCAGGGCAGAGAGAAGCAGCUCUUGUCUGAAGUGCCCAAAGUCGAAUUCCCCCCUUUCUGUCAGAACAGUGCUAGAAUGCACCUUCCACGUCAGAGAGCUGAGGAAUUCCUCACGUCCCACAUGCGAGGAGGGAACAGGGUUUUGUUUUCCACGUGCAAAAUCUGAAGUUCAGGCCUAGAGAGAACAUUUUCUCUUCUCUCCCUAAUCCAUCUGCACUUGGCAGCACAGCCUGGUGGUUAAUUGCUGGUAUGAUUUGAGGCCAAAUAUCCUCAUCUGGGAUGAUGCCAGUGCUCGUCAGGGACCAGCCUGUCGCGUUCUCAGGCUCGGGCCCCAAAUUCCUGCUCCCCACGACCCCUGGGCUCACCCCUCAGUGUAUGAACCUGCAGCAGCCUUGAGGAUAUUUGUUUGGGAUUGUUCUAUGUUCAUGCUUGAGGUUUCCAUGAGCAGCUAAGACCUCCUUCUACACAAGUAUUUUUCACUAAUGAAAGGACCCAGCUAAGCCAAAGUGGUAUUAUAAAGUCAUUUUUUAAUGUAUGACUUCACAGCAAGACAAUAGUUUGGGAUAAAGAGCUCUUAAUGAUUUUUUUUUUUAAUUAAAACCAUGACUGCUAAAGUAUUAAUGUAAUUUAGUUAAAUUGUACUAAGAGUAAAAAAUCAAAAGCAAAGUUGAGUGUAUCAGUCUGGACAAGCCACAAUCUGUUGUUGCAUCUUCAUUCAGGUUUCUUCACUCUGUAAAAUGUCCUGAAUUUUCCAGAGUGGAUCUGUCUGUCCAUGUAAGCCUUGAUUCCCUCUGUCUCUUUAAAGGGGCAUUUUGCCCUGUUUCCCUGAUCUUGAGGCGAAGAUCUGAAUUUUAAACCCACUCUCUAACAAAGGAAACAGAGGUUCGUGACACUGCUGCUACCUGGGAAUGGCUACGGGGAGCAUGGGAAUGCUCUUUGAUCUUCUUAUGUACUGAACUCAAAGCCUUUUUAUUUUGGUAUUUGCUAUGACAAUAAAAUGGCCUUCGAUUUUAAUAUC